UUCCUCCGCCAUUUUCUCCCUCUUCUUCUCCUCCUCUCUCGUCGAACCCUAUCCUUAACCCCUAAUCUUCCUCGCCGAAAGUUACCCUCCUUCCUCAUUUCUAGUUGAAUUCCUCACUAGAAUCUGCCAUUGGGGACCCCGAAUCGUCUUCCCACCGUCUAAAGCAGCGCGCGCCGAUGGACCUGAAUGGGAGACCUAUCACUUCUUGGACAAUCGAUAUGCUUUUCCGGGACUUCCUGGGCAGAAGAGCCGGCUUGAUCAAGGCUCUCACCACUGAUUUUAUUAAGUUCUAUGAGCAGUGCGAUCCAGAAAAACCCUACAUGUGUCUUUAUGGGUAUCCGAAUGAGACUUGGGAAGUAAAGGAAGCUCCUGUUGUUCCCCACGAAUUUCCUGAACCAUCCUUAGGGGUUAACUUCGCCAAAGAUGAGAUGAAAUUGAAGGACUGGAUUGCUCAUAUUGCAAUCCAUAGCGAUAUAUGGAUUUACUCUUAUGCCUUCUAUAUUGCUGCACGUGCUGGCUUUGAUAAUGAGACCAGGUCACGGCUUUUCAAUAUGAUAAAUAGUAAUCCUACUAUAUAUGAGGUUAUAUUUGGAACUGUGAAGAUGCCCAUAACCCUUAGCAAGAGCAAUGAGGGUGAAUCGAACUCCAAAAGUGGUUCAGGACGACAAAAUCUGGGGUUGCCCUUGUCUUUGAUAGAAAAGGAAGAGAACGAUGAGGAUGAUGUUGAACUAUACACAAUGGGAGACGACACUAGCAGUAUCAUCUGUGGUGCAUGUGGAAACAGGUUUGCUUUUAGUGAAUACUGGAUAUUAUGCAACAUGUGUGUGACAUGGUAUCAUUCACGGUGUGUGAGGACUACACCUGAACAGUAUGAACAACUCGAGGAGUAUAGGUGCCCAAGAUGCUGCCGUCAAAAGAGAGCGAGGACCUAAAAUUAUCUGGUUGUUUCAGAUGAUAGCUUAAAAUGAUCUGCUGAUGCAUUUUGUUUUCCCUUUUUCUUUUAUGCUCGUUGUGUCACAUUUUACAAGUACAUAGUUUCAUCAGUCUCUAUGGAGUCUACUCGAA